GAAAAAAAAAAUCUUCCACCAACACCACAGCUCCCAGUUUUCUUAAAAGGCGUUUAUAUGUGCCAGAGAACCAAAAAAAAGGCCUUUUCGUGGUUAUCAAGACGUUCCACAAAUCCAGCUCCCCCGCUUUUGGUACAGCCCGGUUCGAUCACUACUUCCGCCUGUAAAACUGUUCCGGAUAACUAGGAAUUCCUAGAGCGUCGCUUUGUUUUCCUCUGACUGUUUUCUACUCCUGUAUCGCGACCCCGUGUCUCUGAAUGCUCUAUGUCCAACAUGGCGACGCGGCUACAGCCUGAAUACGACUCUUACGCCAUUGAAGAGCCCAGUGAUGAGGAGCCGGCCAGUAGCAGUUCGGAGGAUGAAUUGGACGUGCUUUUACAUGGGACGCCUGAUCAGAAGCGCAAGAUGAUUCGCGAGUGUCUCACUGGUGAAAGUGAAUCAUCCAGCGAUGACGAAUUUGAGAAAGAAAUGGAAAGUGAAUUAAGCUCUGCAAUGAAGACCAUGGAAGGGAGUUGGCAGUCCGUUGUCCCUGUCGCAUCCACAAGUAAUGGCGCUACAACAUCCGAGUCCACUGCGCAACAGUUUUACGAUGAUGUGUAUUUUGAUUCGGAUUCAGAAGAUGAAAGCUCCAAUGUUGUGCAACAGAACAAGCCAAAACGUAAGUCAAAGCAAAAGGUUCUCACCAAUGAUGAGCUUUUGUAUGACCCUAAGGAAGAUGAUCGAGACCAGAAGUGGGUUGAUGCAAGGAGAAGAAGGUACUGGAACAUGCGCAAACCAAAACAAACACAUCCCCAGCAGUCCAAGCAUCAGGCCAUGCCACCUAGUGAUGCCAUUUUGAACUGCCCUGCUUGUAUGACCACGUUAUGUCUGGAUUGCCAAAGGCAUGAGUCUUACAAGACCCAGUACAGAGCCAUGUUUGUGAUGAACUGCACUGUCAACAAACAGGAAUUGCUUCGUUUCCCUGUUCAGUCUUCUGCAAAGAACAAACGUCAAGUUCGCAAAAAACUGAAACGCCCUCAAACAGAGACUGGAACGGAGACCGAGGAAACCGAAAUGUAUCACCCUGUCAAAUGCAACGAAUGUUCCACAGAAGUGGCAGUUUAUGACAAAGAGGAAGUGUAUCAUUUCUUCAAUGUUCUUGCUAGCCACUGCUAAGAGACCAAACACUCCAGGGUUACAUAUUCUGAGCAUUUCACUCUUUCGUCUUCAUACACGGUAAAGCCUGUACCUUUCUUUAUUAACCUGCUGAUAAAGAACUUGGGAAGUUUUUUCACAUUUAAGCAUUCAUGUUUUCAGACAUGAAGAAGAAACCCCAGGGGCCUGUAUAAAGGAAAUAAGGCUUGCUGCACUUCUGCAAAAUCGUCAGAUGGUGGUUUGUGUGCCUUGUGUUUAUAAGCAUUGUAUAUGGGGUUAGGGGUUUUUUUUAUUUUAAAAGGGGCCUAAUUUUGUUUCUUACUGUUUUAAUAUAGACUGGGGUUUAUUUUCCUUAGUUU